AUGGAAUCCUGGCCUACCCUGGCCUGGGUUCUGCUACUUAGCCUGAUCGCUGACUGUCUGAAAGCAGUUCAACCUAGAGACUUUACAGUGAAAGAUAUUAUCUACCUUCAUCCUUCAACCACACCAUAUCCUGGUGGAUUUAAAUGUUUCACCUGUGAAAAGGCAGCAGACAAUUAUGAAUGCAACCGAUGGGCUCCAGAUAUCUAUUGUCCAAAAGGGACAAGAUACUGUUACACUCAACACACAUUGGAAGCCAGUGGAGAAAGUAUAUCUGUCACUAAGCGCUGCGUGCCACUGGAGGACUGUUUGUCUACUGGAUGCAUAGAUUCAAAACAUGAAGGCCACAAGAUCUGCACUUCCUGCUGUGAAGGAAAUAUCUGCAACUUGCCAUUACCCAGAAACGCAACUGAUGCAAUAUUUGCAACGACAUCCCCUAUAAAUCAGACAAAAAGACUUUCCCAACAUAUAUCAGUAAUAACGUCAUGUCUCCUGUUGGUAUUUACUUCAUAG